AUGAGGGAAACGGGCAAAUCCAUCCAAUUCUCUGAAUUCACGGAAGCAACUGAAGUAGUCAAUUUGGCCAAAAAUUUUCGGCGCUACUUUGUUCAGGUCACAUCCUUCCUCAAGUCGCUAGACAAGGCUGAGGAAAAAUGCCAACACCUGACGUGGGACAAUGGGGAAUGUCCCGAGGCCAUCGCCAACAUGGAGGAGAAAUACAAAGCGGCGGUAGAGAUUAAAGGGCCUGAGAUCCCGAAGGGAGAAGACCUCUCAAGGUUCAAGUUGCUAAAUUUGAAGGGAACCGAUGCUGAGACGAAAGCUGUAUUGAAGAGAGUGAAAUCUUUACAAGACACAAAGAAAGAAUUGGAAGAUAACAUAAAGUCAAUGAAUCGAAGAAAUUCUCCCCGGAAUAGUGCUGAGGUUAAUGCAGAGAUAACCACGGAUCAGAGAACGCUAGUCUACUUGGUACGUCUAGCGAAAGAUUUUUACGAAACGUGUCAACCCAUCCAGACAAAUCCGACCAUUGCACUGGACCAAGUGAAAAAUCUCUAUUGCCAGCACCUUUACAAUACGUACGACCAACAUCGAAAUGCGAUUAAAGAAAUCCCAGACUAUGAAUCGGUGAGGAAACUGGAUGACUCCGUGCGAAAACUCUGGGGAAAAGUAGAGAACAUCCUCUUUCAGGCCAACAACAUAUCUUACUUUUCUUCGGUGAUUAAAGACCUAAGGCGGCUUAUAUCAAAGGCUUUCGACUCUUGCAUGCCGGGGAACAGCUACUUUGAUUGCCAGGGCAACGUCACUGAGGUCACAAAAGAAUAUGACCUCGCCAAAGGGCUGGUAAGCGUGAAGGGCGGGCGGAUAACACCAGAACUCGUGGAAAAGUUCGGGCUGCCUAACUUGAACACGAGUCUAUCCAGCCCCGGCCCCGAGGCGGAAGAAAUUAAAGAGCAAGUAAAAUCUCUGAAAAAGAAAUUGACUGAGCUCGCAAAUGCAAGCAACUGA